AUGUAUUCAUUAUCACUAACAUCGAAUAGUUCAAUUUAUUUUCGAUAUUGUUCAGAUUUGGAUUCGUAUUAUGAAGCGAUACAAAUGAACGUCACUGUAACUGGAUAUUAUACCUUUCUAAUCAACAGUGAGAUGAAAACCAUGUACGCUUAUAUCUAUAGAAAUAACUUCAAUCCAUCCGAUGUGUCCAAUAAUGUACUGAUCCAUAGUGAAGACUCUGAUAAUCAAGGUCAAUUUCGACUCAGUGGUUUUCUCGAAGCCAAUAUGAAAUAUAUUUUCGUUAUGACAACAUCUUCUCGAAAUGUAAUAGGAAAUGUUUUAAUUCAAGCAUUUGGCCUAAGCUAUAUCGGUUUCAAUCGUAUUUGUUACCUACCAGUCAUCAUCGGUAUACCAGAUUCAUCAACUGUACAAUCGAAUUAUUCAUCAGAAUUAACUACGAAUAGUCCAACAUAUUCUCCACGAUGUACACAAUUAAAUUAUUACUAUGAAACUAUACGAAUGCAUGUAGGAGAAACUGGAUACUAUGCUCUGACCAGUAAUAGCAGUAUAAGUACAUUUGCUUAUAUUUACAAAGAUGGUUUUAAUCCAAUGAACCCUUUUGAGAAUUUAUUAUCAUUAUCACAGGAUUAUGGAAGCAGUGUUGGUUACAAUUUCAAACUUAUCGCUUAUCUUCACACUGGCACUACAUACAUAUUAGUGGUGACAACAGCUUCUGCAAAUAUAACAGGAAACUUUUCCAUUCAAACAUUUGGCCCAAAUACUAUCACUCUUGAUCCUUACAGUAAGUACUUUGUAUCAUUUGUAAAUCAUCAGCAGAGAAUUACAACAUCCCACUGGACUCCGUUUUCACCCUUGAAUAAUAAAAGAUCUGAAAAUUUCAAAUAG